GAACCCCUCCCGCGUCCACCAUCGAAAAUCCAAUUGCAAUUCCGAGGUUCAAAUCCAAUGGAGAUAAAAGGAAGGCGUGCUAGUGUGGGGAAAACGAGGAGAGGAGUUGUACGUUUGAAGCCGGAUGGAAUGAGGAAUUCCGGUGAGAAAGAGAAAGAAUUUCAUGUAGUUGAAUCGGGUGAUCGUUCUCGGAGUGUUCGAGGGAGUAUCCGUAAAGAUGGAUUUGCUAGAAAUGGCAAAGUUAGUGAUUUUAGACUGUCACAAGAGAAACCGAGUUAUGCUAGGAGAGGAAGGUUUGCGAUUGAUGACUCUAAUGGACGGAAAAAGAGCGAGACGGUUGAUUUUAAACCAAGAAGACGAGAUGAGGAACUUCGAAGUGCCAGUCGUGAAGCAUUGUCAAAAAGCAAGCUUGUAUCAAAAGAGAAGAAGAUGGAUCACAAAAAGGAGAAAAACGGAGCUAAGGGUGAUUCUGGGGAGAAGUUUUUGGAUCAAAAUGUUAUUGGUGAAGAAAAUAAGGCUGAUUUAAGUGAGGGGAAGAAGAGAGUUAUUUAUCAAACAAGAUUGCUUGAUAAAACCGGGAAGAAGAUUAGAGGACACAAGAAGGAUUCUGAUGAUGAGGUGGCUGAUGCUGAGAGGAAGAAAAGAAAGAGAGUCAUUAGGAUUGAUCCUUAUGACAUUUCGAACAAAAGACUUGAUGAUGGUAUUUCCAAUGAAGAAAAGCCUGAGGUGAAAGAGGUUGAACCUUCCAAAAAUGCGCAGUUUCGUGCUAUACAACCAAGCCCCUCAAUCCUGUCAUUUGUGGAAGAUAAUUUGUUAGGCCGCAGGCGUUUGAAUGAGUUGCGAAAUGCUGGUUAUAAUGUCAAGCUUCCUGCUCCAUUGGAUAAUAUUCCCUUCUCAACCAGUAUAGAAAGAGAGCGGAUAGAAGAAAAUGUCUUCAGGAGCAAACUAGAAUUUUUUGCUGCUGCAAAGGUUUCCUCUUCUUUUCCACCUCCUCUCAUCCCAGAGAUAGCAUUUGCUGGUCGGUCAAAUGUUGGAAAAUCAUCACUGCUAAAUGCACUUACAAGACAGUGGGGAGUUGUACGAACUUCUGAUAAACCAGGACUUACUCAGACUAUCAACUUUUUUAAGCUUGGGACAAAGCUUUCAUUAGUUGAUUUGCCUGGAUAUGGUUUUGCUUAUGCAAAAGAAGAAGUCAAAGAUGCUUGGGAGGAACUUGUGAAAGAGUAUGUAUCCACAAGGGAAGGUCUGAAGAGGGUAUGCCUUCUUAUUGAUACCAAAUGGGGUAUGAAACCUCGAGAUCAUGAGCUCAUUGAUUUGAUGGAGAGGUCUCGGACACCUUACCAAAUUGUGUUGACGAAGACUGAUACAAUUUUACCCAUAGAUGUUGCUCGCCGUGCUAUGCAAGUUCAAAAUAACCUUAAGGCAAACAAGUCUGUAGUCAACCCGGUGAUGAUGGUGAGCUCCAAGUCUGGUGCUGGCAUCCAAAACCUUAGGACUGUGCUCGCCAAGAUUGUUCGAUUUGCCAAGCCAUAGGUUCAGGAUAUGUUUAUUGUUCUAAAGCUAUGCCUUGAUGACAAUUUUGACCGCAUGCCUUGGUAAAUGGCACAACUCAAAGCAACCAAGAUUGGUCCAUUGCCCUGGCAUUUCAGUGUCCAAUUUUUGUUAUCGCACCCAACACCAAAUAACCAGUUCUCAAUCAAACUUUCUCGGCUUGGAUCAGGUCAACAUCUCAACCUGACCCAAGUCUCAUCUUAAAAAAAGGAAGAACUAAAUGAUCUGAAACCUGAUCUAGCGUUUUGUGCUAAAUGGUUUCUUUUAAUGUUGUGUGAGAGGCUGAAACUUAGAUUUACAUUUAGUUCUGUCAUUUAUAUGCAUCUUGGUAAUGUGAUUUGCUAUUUGUUUUACUGAUUUCAAGUAGGAACUUCUCUUUUAAACUAGAUCAGGUUCUCCUGUAGCCUUUUGAAAGCUUAAACCUUCA